GAUACUACACGCAUCUCGGUCCGAGGUGCUAGCCCAUAGGCGAGGUAUAAGCAAGGUGCAGAUAUAUAUAGUGUACAAAUUAUUUGACGUAAUAAGUAAUAAAAUGAAUGUCGAGAUGGACGGCGAUUGUGCUGACGAGUACCAGCCACUAGAACCUUCAUUGAAAAAUGUUGUUCAACAACAUUCAUUGCGAUGGAUAUUUGUUGGUGGAAAAGGUGGCGUUGGUAAAACCACGUGCAGCUGCUCCUUAGCUGUGCAACUAUCAAAAGUCAGAGAGAACGUUUUAAUAAUUUCAACAGAUCCUGCUCAUAAUAUAUCAGAUGCAUUUGAUCAGAAAUUUAGUAAAGUGCCCACUAAGGUAAAUGGAUUUGAUAAUUUGUUUGCAAUGGAAAUCGAUCCAAAUGCUGGUAUAACAGAGUUACCCGAUGAUUAUUUCGAACAAGAAAUUGGGACUGGAGACACUAUGCGUUUAAGUAAAAGUGUCAUGCAAGAAGUUAUAGGUGCAUUUCCUGGUAUAGAUGAAGCAAUGAGCUAUGCUGAAGUCAUGAAAUUAGUCAAAAGUAUGAAUUUUUCUGUUGUCGUUUUUGAUACAGCUCCAACUGGACAUACAUUGAGACUUUUAUCAUUUCCUCAAGUUGUUGAAAAAGGUUUAGGUAAAUUAAUGAAGCUGAAAAUGAAAAUAAGCCCUUUUAUCACACAGUUUAGUACUUUAUUUGGUAUGACAGAUUUCAAUGUAGAUUUAUUUUCAAACAAAGUUGAAGAAAUGCUUGCUGUCAUUCGUCAAGUAAAUGAGCAGUUUAGAAAUCCAGAUCAAACCACUUUUGUAUGUGUCUGUAUAGCAGAGUUUUUGUCACUAUAUGAAACUGAAAGGCUGGUGCAGGAACUAACUAAAUGUGGCAUUGAUACUCAUAACAUUAUUGUAAAUCAAUUGUUAUUCCUCAAAAAUGAAGAAUCACCUUGUAGAUUGUGUUCUGCUAGGCAUAAAGUACAAGCAAAAUAUUUGGAUCAAAUUUCAGAUCUAUAUGAAGAUUUUCAUGUCACCAAGUUGCCAUUAUUAGAAAGAGAAGUUCGUGGAGUGCAAAAUGUUAAAGAGUUUUCAGAAAAUCUCAUUAUUCCAUACAAACCAUAAUUCUUUGAUGCAAAUAUUGAAUGAAUAUCAAUGAGAUGAAGAGGUCUGCGGCGUGUUGAGUUUUUUAAAUGAAGGUUCUGUUUUCCAAUGCAAUUAAAUGUUUAACAGAUUUUUGUAUAAUUUUUAAAAUAUUACUAUUGGUUUGAAUGGGUUCCAAGAAUCAUUGAUUCAUUUUAUGAUUUGGAUAUGUAUAUUUGUAAAUUUUCAGUAGUCUUCAAUAACAUUGAUUUUAAUUCAAAAAUAUAUUCUUUAAUUAGUGGCUUAAAUGAGCAAUUCAAAUGGUUGGUGGAAAAAUAAAAUAUUUUAUUUAUACAAUAUUUUUGAGAAACUUAUUUGACACUUUCAUUAUUCUGAUUUAAAAAAAAAGAUUGAAUGUAGAUACAAAUUAAAAU